GUUUGAGCUAUGGCAGCAUUAAAAAUUAAUGUCAAGAAUUUCGACAAUCAAAGCAAAUCUAUUUGUAUUAGCGUUUUCUCACUUUUGUUUUUCUUUAAAAUAUAAUUUGUUUAUCAACUUGAAACGAUGUAAUUUCUAUAAAACUGUGAUUGUAAUACUUAAAAAUGUCGUUCGACGUGAAUUGGGACGUUACUAAAUACAAAGUUGAACAUGAGAGUGAUGAACACUGGUCGCUUAGGAAGGCCUUUAUGGAACGAUGGAAAAACGACUAUCCUGAAGAGAGAUUGGUAUGCUUAGCGCAAGUAUUUUCAAAUAUUGAGUUUUUGGGAUGCAGUUACCCUUUAGAACUUAUGACCGAAGUAGCCAAUCUCUCUCGUGAUGUUGCAGUACAGUACAGAAAAUCUAAGCGGAAAAAGUUACAAAGAACAUUUGUAUCGGCUUCUGUCGCAGCGGUAGAUAGAGCAAAGGGGGUCAAAAGAGAAGGCGGUGUGAUAAAAGAAGGUCCAGCUCCAAAAAAUGCAAAAAUUGUCUUUGUACGUCAGGGCCAUAGUGUUACUAUUAACGAACAAUCGGAGUAUGUGUCAGUAGUAGUUAACAAUAUAGAACAAGAUGUAAAAAGUUCCAGUUCUAACAGUAAACCCAGUAAUAUAAUAGGCGAUUCUAGUUCUAAUGGUCAAGCCAGUAAUAUACAAAAGAUUGAUACUAGUUCUACCGAUAAUAAACCUAGUAAAAAAGUUCUACAGGAUGAAAAUCAUUACUUAAAAGAAAUGCAAGCUAUAAAAUGUUUAGAUAUAAGUAAGUUUUCAGAAAAAAUGUUUGAUACUGAGUUUGGUAAAAUGGUACUUUUGAUACGACCGUGGACUACAAAGCUUUCUAAUAUACAGUCCAGCUGUCAAGUAUGCCGUAUACCAGUAACAACUAAAUAUGAAAAUAAUGUAUUGACACUCGCUAUCAAAGGUGUUGUCAUAGCCCAUGCGACAGGUACAAAAGUGGAGGCAAAGAAAAUUGUUGAAAAAUUAGCUUGGAAUAAACUGCAGUCUAAAGUCCCGAGUCUCAUGAUCAAGGAGCAGUGGAUGGAGCAAGGUGAGAGAGUGUCGGUCGGUGAUGUGACACAGGCUAGAGAAUUUGGGAAACCUGUCGAGACCAGUGUCGCUGUCAAAAUGAUGAAAAUGAUGGGCUGGAAGGGCGGAGGUCUCGGCGCUGACGCUCAAGGGAUUGAAGAACCGAUCAAACCUCAUUUACAAAUGGUAAACAGAGCCGGUCUAGGCAGUGACAGAGACAUACAUCACUUAAAACGAGCUGGUCAAGAGCUGAUGAGGAGGUUCAUGGCUUCGGAUGCCAUCGAUCUUGACUUGGUCUUCAGCAGUGAUUUUAGCAAGGAGGAGAGAGCUGCCCUUCAUCAGACAGCCCAGAGGCUGGGGCUGGCUUCUAAGAGCUACGGGGACGUUGAUAGAUUUCUUGUCGUAAAGAAGAAAUUGGAUCCGUUCUCCUUAUUUCGAGCUGUGUUAGAAAAAGGCGGGAACACCCCGAAAUAUCAAAUUUUUUUACCCGCCACAUUGUCUAAUAAGAGACAGUAAAUACAUUUAUAUCAUUAUAACAUACAAAUAUAUAUUGUAUUUGUGA